GGUAACAUGACAAUGGUUCUCCUCUAUUUUUAUUUAAAGUAAGUGGUUUGGAAAAGGGAGAAUUAUUGGGGUGUUACAAUAUCCGCUGUUUUUUAAUUAUCAAGUGCAACCUGGUGUACUAUCCUAUUUUCAAAUACUACCUUCGCUUCACAUUACUCGCAGCAAUUUCCUUUUUUGGCCGCUUCACAUUACCCGCAACAACUUACUUUCUUUCCUUUUUUAGUAACCUUUUCCCUACAUGUUUACUUUCUUUUGACUCGGCCUCCGCAAAUUUGUUUUGCGAGUAAUGUGAAGCGGAGGUAGUAUAAGAAUACAGUUGGAUAUCAAAAGAAAUUACUUAAGAUCAACAGGGGAGCAUUAAAUUAAAAAAAAAAAAAAAAAAAAAGAAAGAAAAAAAAGCGUUGCACCUCAUCCACCACUCGUUGCCAGUUUGCCACUGCCACUUCCCUUCGAAAAACACCGGGCUUAAAUGGCGAUGUAAAAUCUACUUCACAAAUCGACACUGUUAAACAACAAUGGCGAUGCUCGGAUUAGCAACAACAACAGCAACAACGUCAACAACAGCAACGAUGUAUCCGAAGCCAAAUUCAGUAGUAAAAUGCAACACAACAGCAUCAUGUCAGACCAAAUUCAUCAUUUCAAAAGUCGCAAACCACAAGCAGAAACGAAAUAUGGGAAAUUUCGAUCACUUGUUUGGAGUUGUGAAAAAGGAUUGGGAAUUCUUGAAGAAAGGCGUUGAUAAAAGUGUUAAAUGGGCAAAUGAGCAUUUACAUGUUCCCAAAAUUGCUAAGAAAGUUGAUGAUGUUAUUUGGCUUCGUAAUUUGGAAAACCCUAAUUCUCCUCCAUUUCAGCCUCCUUUUUGGCCUCAACCUUCUUAUCCAGCACUCUCAGGGAUGGAUUUGUUGAUGGCUGAUAUCGAAGCUUUGGCAGCAUAUGGUAGUUACUUUUACCGUAUGACAAAGGUUUGGCAAAGCCCACUGCCUGAGGUCUAUGAUGCUGAAGUCGUUUCUGACUAUUUUAAUUGUAGGCCUCAUGUUGUUGCCCUUAGACUUAUAGAGGUUUUUGCUGCAUUCUCUUCUGCUGUAAUUAAAAUUCGUGCUUCAAGGAUCGGAAGGCAUGUCUUGAGGACUGAUGAGGAUGGAAUCAACAGCUUGUCACAGUUUGAUUUUGGAAAGGUUCUUAAAGAAACAAUGCUUAAUUUGGGUCCCACGUUUAUCAAAGUAGGACAGUCACUCUCAACAAGGCCAGAUAUUAUUGGUUCUGAUAUCUCCAAGGCGCUAUCUGAGCUUCAUGAUCAAAUCCCUCCUUUCCCUAGAGCUAUUGCAAUGAAAAUUAUUGAGGAUGAAUUAGGAGCUCCCGUGGAAAGAUUUUUCAGUCAUAUAUCUGAUGAACCUGUUGGUGCAGCUUCUUUUGGUCAGGUCUACAGAGGAACAACAUAUGAAGGCUAUGCUGUGGCUAUCAAAAUUCAGCGACCAAAUUUACAUCAUGUAGUUGCCCGAGAUAUAUACAUCCUUCGUCUUGGGCUUGGCCUUUUAAAAAAGAUUGCCGAAAGGAAAAAUGAUAUUCGCUUGUAUGCUGAUGAACUUGGAAAAGGCUUAAUGGGAGAGUUGGACUAUCGAUUGGAAGCUGCAAACGCAUCCCGAUUCUUGGAGGCUCAUUCAUCCUUUCCAUUCAUUCACGUGCCUAAAGUUUAUCCUCAAUUCACAAGAAAAAAAGUGCUGACUAUGGAGUGGUUGGCUGGUGACAAUCCAACUGAUUUACUCUUAGCUUGUACAGGAGCUAAAGAUAAUAGUGCUGCACCUUCAGAGAAACAGGCAGUUGAAGCGAAGCAACGCCUUCUUGAUUUGGUGAACAAAGGUGUAGAAGCAUCACUUGUUCAACUUCUUGAGACAGGAUUUAUGCAUGCUGAUCCACAUCCUGGGAAUUUGCGUUACACAAGUACUGGACAGAUAGGGUUUCUUGAUUUUGGACUCAUGUGUCAAAUGGAACGGAAACAUCAGCUGGCAAUGCUUGCUUCCAUAAUUCAUAUUGUGAAUGGGGACUGGGCCUCUCUUGUUCAGGCUCUAUCUGAAAUGGAUGUCAUCGUCCCUGGCACCAAUACUCGUCUUGUGACAAUGGAAUUGGAAAAUACUCUAGGAGAGGUAGAAUUCAUUGAUGGAAUUCCUGAUGUCAAGUUUAGUAAGGUCCUUGGAAAUAUUUGGUCUGUGGCCUUCAAGUACAACUUUCGCAUGCCAACAUACUAUACACUUUUGCUGCGCUCUCUGGCUUCACUAGAAGGUUUAGCUAUUGCUGCAAAUGAUAAAUUCAAGACUUUUGAAGCAGCUUACCCGUAUGUUGUGCACAAAUUGCUAACCGAUAAUUCUGAUGCUUCGAGGAGAAUUCUGCAUUCAGUAAUUUUAAAUAAAAGGCGUGAAUUCCAAUGGACGAGACUUGUUCUUUUCUUGAGAGUAGGUGCAACCAGGAAACUCUUGCCCGUUCUGGAGUCUGCUAAUGAUGGGUUAUCAGGAUCCUCAAGUAGCAAUGAUAAUAUCUUUAACGUCGCAACUUUUGUCUUAAAGCUGCUACCGUCAAAAGAUGGUACUGUGCUUAGAAGGCUGUUGAUGACUGCAGACGGUGCGUCAUUGCUUAAGGCAUUUCUUUCACCAGAAGCUGCUGCUGUCCGACAACAAUUCUGUAGGGCAACUGCAGAUGUGCUGUACCAGUGGAUGGCGGGAAAUAUUGUAAAGGAUCCUUAUCUAACCACAUCUUCUAACUCAUUUGCAGCCAACUGCAAGUUACUCAUAGCAGACCGUCGCCUCAAAGUCGUGUUUAACAAAAUACUUAAUGAUGCAAAACGGGAUUGGUUGUUAAUGCUUCGCUUUUACGGGACAUCUUUCGUCAUGUUUGUUAUUGCUUCAGCUAUGGCUUGCCAUCGGUUAAUGAUUUCUCUCUCAAAAAGUCAUGCAAGUCGAUUAUCAUUUUCUCCUAUCCAAGCCGUUGUCAGCACUUAAAAAAAACAUUUGCACAUUGUAAGAACUAUCGACAACUGGUUAUUGGGGCCAAUACAAAUUUGUCAAUGAAGUCGACAAGUUUGGCCUUCCGAAAAAGGGACUGUAGUGAUUAAUUUCACCUUAAGAUCAAAGAAUACUGUAAGUUCCUCAAAGCCAGGGUACAAGCAUGCAGCUAUCGUGCUUCAUUUCAUGUACACCGUACUAAUCUACCUUUUGCUGAAUGCUCUAGGGACUUGCAUAACACCUCAUUAUCAAGAAAGAUACUAACCUGUAUCUCUAUAAGUCUAUUUGAUUAAAAUUUCUUACUGUCAAGUUUGGGAGAUCAAAAUUUUAUAUAUAAAUAUAUACUAUGUAUAACUGCUUUUUCUAGGUA